AUGAUAUCCUACCAACCCUCUGACCCCAAUUCCACACCUACCGGUGCCGCGCUGCGUGAACUCGUAUUCGGCAUAGGGUUAGGCCGUGCCAAGCUCCACUAG